AUGAAAGAAAAGGAGAAUCCAUUUGCACUGUCCCCAUUUAUUAGUGACAAUAUCUGGUCUUACAUGAACAGCAAAGACUGGAAAGUCAUUGGCAAUUCAUUCAGAACGCGCUCUAACAGCAUCAACAAACUUCCCCACCAGUCGGUUUCGCACAAUGAGCAGAAAGAGGGCAGGAAGAGAAGUCUUUCCCUAAAUAAUAUAAAUAUAUACAAGAAUAUUUCCAGCAUAACAAGCAGCGUAGAUGCCGAACUAAACACACAAAUAAACAGCUCGAUGGCGAUGAACACAAGCAUCAUCGCCGAAAAAGGAAAUCUUUCCCAUUUGAGAAGACACUCGCUGGACCCUAGCAUUUUCAACAAUAUAACGCAGAGCGCAGUAGACCUCUACAAGAGCAGCAACUACUUCAGCAACAACAACAUCUGCGUGGUGCAGUUUGGGAGCGGGAACAGGUGCUUUGGGGUGUACAAAGGCCUGUUUUUGGUCAAAGGCGCUUUUGUGAUCAUAGAAGCAGACAGAGGCGAGGACUGCGGGUCUAUCAUUGUGGACAUAAUAGACGCAGAAAAUAUCAAUGAGAUUGCGGCUAAGUACAACAUAGCAACGACCGAUACGAAGAAAAUAUACAGAGUGGCGAACGACAAAGACAAGCUGCUGCUGCUCGAGCAGAAUGAGCUAGAGCAAAGCGCAGUGGCCAGCUGCCGCGAGAAAGUGAAGGAAAAAAAGCUGUGCAUGGAGAUAGUCAGCGCAGAGUACCAGUGGGACAGGAACAAGCUGACUUUCUACUUCAAGAGCGACAAAAGAAUCGACUUUAGAGAGCUGGUGAAAGAGCUAUACAAAAUAUACAAAACAAGAAUAUGGAUGUGUGCGGUGGAGAAGAAGGGAACAAGGAAUGUAAUCUAUAAGCACGAGUGA